AUGUUAGAAUCUCUUGACUUGUCAAGAAACCAGCUAUCUGGUAGAAUUCCAUCAAGCUUUUCGAGCUUGAAUUUUCUGAGUGUCUUGGACUUAUCAUACAAUAACUUGUCAGGAAGAACUCCACUAAGCGCCCAACUUCAGAGUUUUAACUACUCUCAAUAUAUGGGAAAUCUUGGACUUUGUGGACCACCAGUGACACAGAAAUGCCCUGGAGCUGAAACAACUCAAGAUCCUGGAAUCACCAGUGGCAAUAAAAGUGAUUGUAACACCGAAGGAGACAAUGAUGGCCUCAUAUACUUGGGAUUUUAUGCAAGUAUAGUGCUGGGUUUCCUCAUAGGAUUUUGGGGUGUCUAUGGGACUUUACUGCUUAAGAGUUCAUGGAGAUAUGCCUACUUCCAAGUCCUGAAUGAUACAAAAGACUGGAUUUAUGUUACAACAGCACUGCACACGGAAAAAUUGCAGUGGAGACUUCAAAGAUAA